CCUGGGCGGGGAAGGACCGACCGACCGCCCCGCCGACCCGCCCGACACACCGACGGACCGACGGACGGGCUGCGGGGUCUGGCCGCCAGUCCGCCCCCGCCCCCCGCCGCAGGGAUGCCCGGAGAGGAGGCGGCCCGCGCCGAGCCGCUGCAGGACGGGGAGCGGAGCGGGGUCCUCCCAGAUCCGGCCCGCCAUGCCCCUGCCUCGGCCGCGUCCACGCCCUGCGGGGACCUGCCCUCGCCCAAGGUCCUGACGCCCCUGGAGGACGGCCCGCCCGGCCCGCCCGGCCCGCCCCUGGCCUUCCUGCCCGCCAAGCAGGAGGCGCGGCCCCAGCCCGAGGGGGCCAGCUCGGACGCGGGGCCGGCGGGGGGCCCGGCUCCCGGCCGGGCCCCGCCCGGGGAGUGCGGCCCCUCCCCGGGACCGGCCAAGGGCGGCGCCGGGGAGCCCCCGGCGCCGGAGACCCUGGAGCCCCGCAUCGUGAUGGGCGAGGAGACCCGCGGCGGCGGGCCGGGCCCCGGAGGGGCCGACCCCGGUCCGCCCGCCGACCCGGGCCCGCCCCCCGAGCGGCUCUCUCAGGGAGACCCCCCCGUGCCUUCCCCCCGCCCGGACCCCGACCUGUUCUUCACGGCCCCCUCCACCCCGACCGAGGCGGCCCGCGCCCCGCCGCCGCCCGGCCCGCUCCGCCCGGGUCGGGAGCCCGGCGACCCGGAGGCCGGGGGGCCCGGCUCCCCGCCCACCUCCCCCUCCGGCUCCUACGUCACGGCCGAGGGCGGGAGCUGGGCCUCCUCGCCCCCGUCCUCCUGCACCUCCUCGCCCCCCUCCUCCCCGUCCCCCGACCCGCCGACGGAGAACGAGGGGCCGGGCUCCCCCGGCCGCGGCGGGGACGGGGGCUCCUUCUCCCCGUUCUCGGGCGUCGAGUCGGGGGAGGAGAGCCUUCCGGGGGGCGCCUCGGACUCGGACGGCACGGGGCCGCUGCCGGCCGGGCCCCUGGGGCUCCCCUCGUCCGAAUCGAGCCCGUCCCGGGGCAGCGGGUCCUCCCGGGGCCCCUCCCCCCGGCCCGGCUUCCCCGGGAGCGACCGGAUGAUCCCGGCCUCCCUGCUGACCUUCCGGGGCAGCCUCAUCUUCGAGGCGGACUCGGUGGAGAUCACGCCGCUGCCCCGGGCGCCGGGGGCCGGGCCCGGGGGCGAGGCGGGCGACGAGGACGACAGCUCCUCGGCCUCCUUCCUGCGGUCGCCGUCGGAGACGUCCAUCCACGAGGACGCGGACGAGGCCUUCGCCUACCGCGACGACACGUCGGCCGCCUCCUCCGACUCCGACUCGGCCUCCUACGCCGGGGAGGACGACGAGCGUCUGUACAGCGGGGAGCCCCACGCCCGGCCCCCGGCGCUGCUCCCGGACCGGGCCGCCGCGCCCGGCCGGGCCCCCCCGGACCUCGCCCCUGCCUUCGCCGGAGAGGAAGAGGAGGAGCAGGAGAAGGUGGCAGCCUGGCUCCGGACCCAAGGACCGGGCCUCACCUCAGGCCCGGAGCCCGCCGCCCCGCCGCCGCCGCCGCAGACCCACGGACCGGACCGCGCCCUACACCCGGAGCCCGUCGCCGCGUCGACGCCGGGGUCCCGGGGACCGGGCCGCACGCCGGACGCCGGGCCCGUCGCCCUGACGACGCCACAGGUCCAAGGGCCGGGCCGCACCCCGGACCCGGAUCCCGUCGCCGUGAAGACGCCGCGGCCCCGAGGACCGGGCCUCGCCUCAGACCCGGAGCCCGUUGUCGGGACCGUGGCACAGGCCCACGGAUCGGGCCCCGCCUCAGACCGGGAGCCCGGCGCCGUGACCACACCGCAGACCCAAGGGCCCGGCCGCACCGCGCACCCGGAGCCCGCCGCCGUGACGCCGCCUCGGGCCCGCGGACCGGGCCUCGCCUCGGACCCGGAGCCCGCCGCCGUGACGCCGCCUCGGGCCCGAGGACCGGGCCUCGCCUCGGACCCGGAGCCCGCCGUCCCGACGGGGCCACGGGCCCGGGACCCGGGCCUCGCCUCGGACCCGGAGCCCGCCGCCGUGACGCCGCCUCGGGCCCGCGGACCGGGCCUCGCCUCGGACCCGGAGCCCGCCGCCGUGACGCCGCCUCGGGCCCGAGGACCGGGCCUCGCCUCGGACCCGGAGCCCGCCGUCCCGACGGGGCCACGGGCCCGGGACCCGGGCCGCGCCCUGGACCCGGAGCCCGUGGCCGCGACGGGGCCACGGGCCCGGGGGGUAGGCCUCGGGGCCGCGGCCCCGCCGCCGCCGCGGACCCGAGGACCGGACCUCGCCUCAGACCCGGAGCCCGUCGCCGUGGCGAAGCCUCAGGCCCAAGGACCGGGCCUCGCCUUAGACGCGGAGCAGCCCGACGAUACGACGGGGCCACGGGCCCGGGCCUCGGGCCCGCAGGCCGCCGCCCCGACGACUCCGCAGCCCCGAGGACCGGGCCUCGACUCGGACCCGGAGUCCGUUGCCGACGCGAUGCCCCAGGGCAGAGGGCCGGGCCUCGCCGGCGAGCCGGAGCCCGCUGCCGCGGCGACGCCGAAGCCGGAGGAGCCGGAGGCCGGGGAGCGCCCCGUCGCCCGCCGCGACACGGACGACGAGCCCCGGCCGCCUUCCCCGGGGGCCCUCGAGGAGGCGCCGGACUCGGCCCCGGGCGGCAGGGGGUCGGGGGAGUCGGCGGGCGAGGGCCGGGGACCCUGCCGCCCCCCGCCCGGCCCCCGGGGCGAAGCAGCCGGCCCUGAUGACCGGAAGGGGGCCCCGGCUGGGCCGGGCUCCCCCGAGACCGAGAGGCCCCCGGGGCCGGCCGAGCCGGCCCGGAGGAGCGACCCCCGGCAGGGUGAAGCGGAGAGCCGUCCGGACGGCCCCGAGGCACCGCCGCCCCGCCCCGCCUCCGAGCGGCCGGCGUCGGAGCCCGGCCCCGGUCCCGGCCCGCCGCCGGGGCCCGGCGCGCCGAGGGAGCCGUGGGAGACCCCUCCGAGGAGCGGGCGCCGCGGCCGUCUCGCCCGGACCGGGACCCCGAGCCGACGGCCCCGCCGGGACCCCGCGCCCUCCGCCUCCGGGCGCCCGCGGCCGCCGGAGGAGCCGAGCCGGCCCGGGGGUCCGCCGGGGCCCGAGAGGAGCCGGGCGGAGAUGGAGCCGCGGGAGGCCCCGAGGCCGGCGGAGAAGACCCCCGUCGCUGGGACGCGGCCCCCUCCCAACGGGGUUGAGGAAUCCAACGCCGGUAGGCCCCAGCCCCCUCCCGACGGAGUCGAGAAGCCCCCUAUCGCCGGGCCCCGGGGUCCUCCCACCCCUGGCCCGCGGCCCCCUCCCGACGAGGUCCGGGAACCCCCCGCCGCCGGGGAGCAGCCCCCUCCCGACAGAGCCGAGAAACCCCUCGCCGCCGGACCCCGACCCCCUCCCGACAGAGUUCAGAAAGGCCCCGCCACCGGGCCACGACCCCCUCCCGACAGAGUCGAGAAACCCCCCCCGACCGGCCCCCGGCCCCCUCCCGACAGAGUCCGGGACCCCCCCGCCACCGGCCCCCGGCCCGCUCCCGACAGAGUCGAGAACCGCCCCCCGACCGGCCCCCGGCCCCCUCCCGACGGAGUCCGGGAACCGCCUCCCACCGGCCCCCGGCCCCCUCCCGACAGAGGCGAGGAACCCCCCCGCACCGGACCCCGGUCCCCUCCCGACAGAGUUCAGAAACAGCCCCCUACUGGACCCCGGCCCCCUCCCGACAGAGUUCGGGAACCCCCCGCCGCCCAGCCGCAACCUCCUCCCGACGGCGUCGAGAAACCCCCCGCCGCCGGACCCCGACCCCCUCCCAGAAAAGUUCAGAAACCUCCCCCCGCCGAACCCCGGCCCCCUCCUGACAGGGUACGGAAACCUCCCACCCCCGGACCCCCGCCCCCUCCCGACGAUGUUCCGAAACCCCCCACCGCCGGACCCCAGCCCCCUCCCGACGGAGUCGAGAAACCCCCCGCCAGGGGACCCCGACCCCCUCCCAAAAAAGUUCAGAAACCGCCCCCCGCCGAACCCCGGCCCCCUCCCGACGAUGUUCAGAGACCGCCCCCCGCCGGACCCCGGCGCCCUCCCAAAAAGGUUCAGCAACCUCCCCCCGCCGGCCCCCGGCCCCCUCCCGACGAUGUUCGGAAACCCCCCCCCGCCGGCCCCCGGCCCCCUCCCAAAAAAGUUCAGCAACCUCCCCCCGCCGAACCCCGGCCCCCUCCCGACAGAGUUCAGAGACCUCCCCCCGCCGGGCCUCGGCCCCCUCCCACCGUAAUCGAGAAGCCCCCCGCCACCGGAGCCCGGCCCCCUCCCAAAAGAGUUCAGAGACCCCCCCGGCCGGAGCCCAGCCCCCUCCCGACAGAAUCGGGAAACCUCCCCCCGCUGGCUCCCAGCCAAGUGCCUCCCGGCGCCCCCGCCCGCCCCGCCCCUCGGGCCCCGGCCGGCCCGCGGCCCGGUCCGGCCGCCGGCCGCGGGGAGGAGAGCGGCCCGGGCGCCCCGGUCCCCCCGCCUCGGACGCACGUGGGAGGUCCGGAGCGGCCGCCGCCGUGCGGCUCGGCGCGGUCCGGGUCCGGUUCGUCCAGCGAGGCGGAGCCGGAGGAGCCGCGCCGGGCGGCCGGGCUGACCCCGCGCCCCGGCCCGGGGUCCCGCGCCCUCGUCGACCGCAGAGGUUCCUGCAACGACUCGGAGAGCGACGGCGGGUCCCUCCCGGACCUGGAGGAGCCGGACGUUACGGGACCGCGGACGACGGCGACCCAGGCCCGGCCGGCCCCGUCCCCGGGCAGCGGGGAGGAGGCCGUCGGCAGGGCCAAGCAGAGCCGCAGCGAGAAGAAGGCCCGCAAGGCGAUGUCCAAGCUGGGGCUGAGGCAGAUCCACGGGGUCUCCCGCAUCACCAUCCGCAAGUCCAAGAACAUCCUGUUCGUCAUCACCAAGCCCGACGUGUUCAAGAGCCCGGCCUCCGACAUCUACAUCGUCUUCGGCGAGGCCAAGAUCGAGGACCUGUCCCAGCAAGCGCACAAGGCGGCCGCCGACAAGUUCAAGGUCCCGGCCGAGCCCUCGCCGCUCGUCGCCGAGGCGGCCCCCGGCCUCGGCGGCAAGGAGGACGGCGAGGAGGAGGAGGAGGAGGAGGAGGUGGACGAGACGGGGCUGGAGGUGCGGGACAUCGAGCUGGUCAUGGCUCAGGCCAACGUGUCGCGGGCCAAGGCCGUGCGCGCCCUGAGACACAACAACAACGACAUCGUCAAUGCCAUCAUGGAGCUGACCAUGUAGCUGCUGUUCGGCCCGGCCUCUCGGUCCCCUCCCCCGGUGCCCUCUGCCUUCUCUCUCGGCACUGCUCAAUAAACCUGUAUUCACCCCCCGCU